CAACACUUCCCUGCACUUCCCCUAUUGGAGAGCGGAGAACUCUGGGCAACUCUGGGAGAACCCCUGUGUGAUGUAAUACCUGUAUAGUUAACUUUGGAGGAAAAGAUCAGUUAAUAUCAUUCACCAUGGAAUCCUCUAACUCUGGUGGUGUAAAAGUUAUAACCAUUGCUGGUCGUAUGGCUAGAGAAAGAGAACGUUGUAUUGGUAUGACAGAUGAAGAACGUGCAUACAGAGCACGCUAUGUAAAAAGUUUAGAGCUUGCACCAGGAGAACCAAUAACACCAAAAGGAUAUUAUGAGGCAUAUUAUAAUCCAAUAAGAAGGUUCUAUAUGGCACCAUUAAAUCAAGUUGAAAAAUUACUAGCUCCAGCUGUAGGAGAUUUCAGUGCAAGAGUCAUACGCUUCACAACAGGAAGAAUUUUAAUGGGUAUUACUGGAAUUUAUGUUGGAUGGUAUUAUUUUAAAUAUCACACAUACACUUGGGAGAGACAAUCUGGUUGGAGAAUUUGUCCAACGCGUGAUGCACGCCUUCCAGGGACUAAAGAUUAUAAAGGUCUUGAAAAGCGUACAAUCUUUGCUACAGAUAAUUUCGAAAAUUCUCCUAUAUGAGGAGGAUAUAAACAUUACUGUUAAGUAGUCUU